AUGGCAUCUGUUCAACAAAAUAUUCCAACUAAACAAAAAGCAUUACAAUGGGUUCGAGUUAGUACUGAAAAUCCAUUUGAAUGGACAACAUCAGCACCUGUCAUUCAACCAUCUCAAUUAGGUGAUAAUCAAGUUUUAAUUGAAAAUCAUGCUAUUUCUCUUAAUCCGGUUGAUUAUAAAAUGGCAGGAACAAAUUUUGGUAAUACAACAUUACCAGCGACGACUGGUUAUGAUGUUAGUGGUCGAAUAGUUGCUGUUGGAAAAGAUGUAAAACAUUUCAACAUUGGUGAUGAAGUUUUUGGACUUUUAAAUUUAAACUCAAGUAAUGGUGGAGGAGCAUUACAACAAUAUUCUGUUGGAGAAGCUGAAGCAUUUAUAAAAAAAACAAGAAAUAUUAGUCAUGCAGAUGCAUCGACACUUGGUGUUGCAUUUUUGUCUGCUAUGGAUGGACUUCGACAAGUUAAUAUUGAUUCAUCAACAUCAGUUUUUAUUCCUGGUGGUUCAGGUGGUGUUGGCCAUUUUGCAGUUCAAAUAGCUCAAGCACGUGGUGCUAAACAAGUCAUUACCUCAGCAUCGAAAGAUGAUGGAAUUCAAAUUCUCAAAGAACAAUAUAAACUUAAAGAUGUUAUCAAUCAUGCAAAAGACAAUGUUGUUGAACGUGUACUUGAACUCACUCAUGGUCAAGGUGCUGAUAUCGUUUAUGAUUCUACAUGUCUUGAAUCAAGUUUUGCAAAAUCAAUUCAAACAGUUAAAGAAGGUGGUUCAUGGAUUGUUCUUGGCGCUUUUGCAAAAGAAGAUAGUAAAGAAGCUAAAAGUGUUGCCGAACGAAAAGCAAAUCUACUUCAUGCUUAUUUAGCAAGUUAUUGGUUAGGACCUAAACGAGCAGAAUUGAGAACAUUCGUUCAAGAUGCAUUGGCACAAGGUGCUAAAUGGAUAGAAGAAGGAAAACUUAAACCUUAUAUUAAUCAAACAAUUAAACUCGAGGAUGUACAAGAUGCACUUGAAAAACUAAAACAAGGCAAAGGUGGAUUUGGAAAAGUCGUUGUAAAAUUAUUAUAA